AGUCCACCGGGUUUGGGAAUCAUCAAGAAAGAUACUAGGUCUAGUGGAUCACCAGUACGAUAUCAGAGGAUAUUUGGGGAUUUCAUAGCGGGUCUACGAGGGAUUGGAAUAGCCAGGGCAGGUACUUCGGGAGACUUCGUCAACCAGGUAAAAGCCUAUCUCACUUAG